CGAAAGAAAACAAACAUCAUUAAUUUUUGCAAAAGAAACAUUUCAUCUUCUUCCUCUUUUUUCUGUCUCACACUCAUUUUCAGCUACAACCUUCACAUAUAGCAAAACCCAUUUUCACAUUUUCACCUAAACUCAUUUCUUCUACCAAAGUUUGAACCUUUCACCUUUAUCAUGAACAUUCAACCCAAAAUCGAACCUGGGUCAUCAUCUUCAACCAACCAUGUGAUUCUUGUUGAAGGUGUGGAAAAUGAUAACUUACAAGAUAAGACUAUCCCUGAUCUUAUUGAAGUGUUGCGUGGAGCUUAUCUCACAGAAGUUUUUGACAGAGUUGAAGGUGUUUUGGUGAGUAGAGAUGUUGGACUCAGAGACCAAACUCAACGCUUGCAGCAGAAUGUUGAUAUGGAGAGACUAAAGCUUCAAGAGGAGCUUGAAAUGGAGAAACUUGCAAGGAUAAAGGCUGAGGAAGAGUUAAAGAAAAGAGAGGAAAUUUUUCAGAAAGGGAAGAAAGUACAAGAACGUUAUGAAGCUUUGUUGAAGAAAGUGAAAACUGAUUUAUCUGAUAGAGAUACUGUUGUAGUUCUAAGAAAGAGGAAUAUUGAGUUGAGGGAACUGUUUGAGGAAGGUAAGAUAACUAUUGGAGAGCUUACAAAGAAGAAUAAUGAGUUGAAGUGUGAAGUUCAGAAGUUGAAAGAAAAAAGGGUGGAGGAUGGGAAUGAACUUGAUAUGUUAAGAAAAAAGAAGGUUGAAUUAGACAAUGAAGUUUUGGAGUUGAAUAAAAAAAGUGCGGAAGAUGGCAAUGCAAUUGAUAUGCUAAAAACAAAGAGUGGCGAGUUGGAGUGUGAGGUUGAGAAAUUGAAGGAAAAAAUGGUGGAAGAUGGAAAUGCAAAUGUGCUAAAAAGAAAGAACUGUGAGCUAGAAUCUAAAGUUUUGGAGUUGGAGAAGUUGAAGGAAAAGUGGCUAGAUGAUAGUACUGCUCUUAAUGAGCUUCGAAGCAAGGUUGGUGUAUUGGAGGAUGAAAAGAAUGCUUUGGCUGGAAUUGAAAUAAAAAAUAGUGAAUUGAAGGAAACAGUGAAUACGAAUUUGGCAAUUAUAAGCGAGCUGAGGAACGAAAACAGAAAAUUAGCGGAUGAGAAAUGUAAGGGUGAGAUCUUACUCGAGUCUUUGAACACAAAGUUCAGAACAUUGCAUGAAAGAGUUGCAAGGUUGGAGGAUGGUUCCAACCUUUCAAUGAGUGUAGAUGCCUCUGGUGGUGGAAACGAUGAGGGGGAUGGAGAGGAUGUUGGUGGCAAUGAGGUUGGAAAUGAAAUUGUGGAGAAGUCUGCUCCUUUGCAGAGAAACGGAGUUGGUCAUCACUCUCAUGGAGUAGUUGCCAGUACUCAGCCGCUGAACAAAGGGAGCAAAGAUGCAUCAUUAGAGUCUGAAGUCAAAGGUGCAUCGUCAGGUGAAAAGUCUUUGAUGGUGUACACAAGAAAACCCAGGAAAAUGGUUGUGAUUGCAGGAUCUAGUGGAGGUAUGGGAACAAUGAAAGUGAAAAAGGAUAUUGAGAUCAUUCACCUUGAUGAUGAUGACGACGAUGAAGAUUGGCGUAUGUCUCAAGGAGUACAUGAAAAGAAGGCUAUUUACGGACUUGUCGUGAAGAAUGAGUAUCCAAGUCCAUCGCUAGUAGUUCAACAAAAAACCAAGUUUGCAAAUGCAGUUGACACGGUCAAAAGAAAAUUUUCUUUCAGCGACAGUGAAACCUCCACUUCUUCUUCUUCUUCUUCUUCUUUCUCUGAUGAUUUGUCGUUUCUUGAUAAUCUUACAACAAGGUCCAUAACAUCACUUGCAAAAGAGAAGAAAAUGUAGUUAGAGGUCCAGGAUUAAUUAAACUGUUAGCCAAGGUAUCUAGGUUACUUUAUCUAAUGUUUGUUUGAUUAUGCUUAGUAUCUAUGUUUACUUGAUAUUCAUCACAGUGAUGAAAGUCUAGCAUUUGAAAUUGAUAACUUCAGUACUUUAAACAGAGAUGUGAAUAAAAUUGAGUUUAUUCUCAAAAACAUGCUACACUAGAAAUGAUAACUAGAUGACUCAAAAGCAAUUGAUGGUUGUUUUGAA